AUGGGCUCACCGCUCGGCCCAUUCCUCGCAAAUGUCUUCAUGGGCAAAGUCGAGAUGACAAGUUUACAAGACACCAUUAAUGACCUCAGCUUCUACGGUCGGUACGUAGACGAUAUUUUCUGCCUGACGGAUGUUACCACCGACACAGACGUCCUGAUUCAAAAAUUCAACAAUUCACACCCCUCGCUAACGUUCUCUGCAGAGUUUGAGGCAAACAAUGAAAUCGCGUUCCUCGACGUUCUUCUGCACAGACAAGAGGAUGGGUCUAUCCAACGUAGAGUAUUCCGAAAGAAAACCUGGACGGGACAAUACAUUAACUUUCACAGUUUUGUUCCCCUCAACAUCAAACGAAAUCUAGUCCAGGGAUUGGCAGCUAGAGUGCGACGCAUCUGCUCUCCCGAGACUGUGGAGGCAGAACUGCAGCAGCUGCGGGAUACACUCCACGAAAACGGAUAUCCAGAAAGAUUUAUCCUUCGAAAUAUAGGGGAGCGUACUGCAAAACCUACCAUGGCAACUGCAGAAAAGAAGGACUUAUUUAUACAAUUGCCUUUUCAGGGAGACGCAGCAAGUGAACUGGUAAAAAGACGUCUGAAGACAGCGAUCACUAACGCUUUCCCCGCGGCGAACUUACGUGUGUGUUUCACUAACUCUCCCCUCCUACGCUUGGGAGGUAAAGACCGACUCCCGUUGCAGGCCACAUCAAUGUGUAUUUAUUCAUUCACUUGCUCCUGUGGAGCGGGCUACAUCGGCCGUACAACGAGGCGUUUGGAAAAGAGAGUACGUGAACACAUACCGGCCUGGCUAGGCAAAGGUGAGAAGAAAUCGAUCUCGAGUUCUAUUCUCGCACAUCUUGUCGAUACGAAUCACCGAGUCGAUGCCAAAGAAGCCUUUCAGAUUGUCUACCGGACACCAGCAGGCUUCUCCAAAGGCCUACGCCAACGGGUGCUAGCUACAGCUGAGGCAGUGGCUAUACGGCUAGCCAAUCCAGUGCUAUGCUGUCAGAAGACUCUGACACAGGCGCUCUGUCUUCCGUGGCCGACGCCGACCACAACGUCGCUCCAACCUCCUGAUGCCAGGUUGGGUGCACAAGGUACACGACGCACUCACAGCCUAUGCCCCCCCUCCUCCUCGCCCCCCGAACCCAAUUACCACGACACGCCGACCACGCCAUAG